AUGGUGGGGGUCGGGGUGGAGUCGCCGGCGCCGCCCGCGGCCCGCAGGUUGAGGCCUGGGAGGGUCUCCGCCAAGCGGUCCUGGCCGCCUGGGUGCGGCCGGCCCCCGCCCGCGACCCCUCCCGCGCAGCCCCUCGCCGCCGCGGCAGGCGAUGGGGAGAAGGGAGCGGAUGGCGGCGCCGGCGUUCUCGGCGGCAGAGCAGGCGACUCGAUCGCCCCCGCCGCCGUUUCGGCUCCGGCUCAGAACGGCUCCCUGCUUCAGCAGCAGGGCUCGGAUAAGGGGGAUGAGGCGAUCGCCCCGGCCGCAGUUUCACCUGUGGCCCAGAACGGCGCCCUGCCUCGGCAGCAGGGGGCGGAUAAGGUGGAGGAGGCGGCUGCCCCUGCUGCAGUUUCACCUGUGGCUCAGAACGGCGACCUGCCUCAGCUGCAGGGGUUGCAUAAGUUGGUUCCUGAGAGGGCAAGGGAGGAUGGAGACAAGUGGGAGGAUGGAGAGGCGCAAUUGCUGAGCGAUGCAGGUGUGCUGCUGCUGGAUGGUCGGGAGGGGAGCAGGGUGGCAGAGGUGGCGGCAGCAUCGGUGAAAGUACUGGAGAGUUGUGGCAUUGUUGGUGCUGCUAGUUUUGUGCAGAAUGGUUGUGAGGUGGCUGGAGAGUUGGCAGUCAAGGAGCAGGGAGGUGGUGGCAGCGGCGAUGUGGGGAGGGAGGAGGUUGCUGCUGGUGGGGAUGCCAUGGAGACGGGAAACAGGACAGGUGGUGGUGGUUUAGAGAGGAAGGAAAAUGGAGUUGCAGGAAGUAGAAAAAAGAGAUGGAUGAUGUCCGCUUUGAAUCCGCCGCCCAAGAAGAGGGCGGUCUCAGCUGUACGCAAAUUUCCACCUGGCUGUGGGAGGACUGCUGUUACCACCACAGACAGUGGAGUUUUGGAGGUCUCACCCAUACGCACAUUUACUCCUGACUGCGGGAGGUCUACUGUUGCUUCCACAGACAAUGGACAUGGAGAGGGGUUGUCGUUACAAGCAACACCUGUCAAAAGUGGUGAUGCCGUGGUGGCAAUUCCAGUUUUAGGCAGGCCUGCGUCUUCGACAGAGGCCUCUAAUGAGAAAUUGGAAGGCAAGAAAAUUGUGGAUGAAGAAAAUAGCUGGGCUUGUAAUAGGGUCCAAAUUCUAGAUGAUUUUGUAGGUACUGAACAAGAUGGUGGCCUGCAGCAAAAUGUUGUUGCAAAACCUACAUUGGGGAAAAGUUCCAGUGAGAAGGUGAAGAGGAUACACUCACCAUGUGAAGGGAAGCAUGUAGCACGAGCAGUGGUGGAUGCUAAAAUGAAAAAUAAACUUGCAGGAAGCAUUGAUUCAAAGACAAAAGGAAACAGGUUGGAGAGUGACGAGAUGAAUACGGCAUUGCUUUAUAAUGCAAAGGCAUCUGUAGCAGGGAAGAUGCAAUUGCAACGUAAGACUUUGAGCACUAAAAAAGAAGUGGUGUGCUCAAAUGUGAACAUGAAGCAAAAAAAGUCUACUCGUAAGCUGAAGGGUGAUGGCAUAGGCAAGGAUAAUUUGCAUGGGUCCGCUAGGGAGUCCAAGUUUGGAAAACAGGUUGUAACUAAUAAAAUUGAACAAAGUGAUGGUAUGAACCUUGUGCCUGAACAAAUAAUUGUUCAAGCAUUGAUGGCUCCCGACAAAUGCCCUUGGUCACGAGGAAGAAAGUCUAUUGCUAGUGCUUCCAAGUCUGUUCCUCCUAAGAACAAGCUUAAGGGAAAAGAUGCUACUCCAAUAAAAUUAUUGACGGGAAAGGUGGCCUCUCGUGAAUCGAUCCAUGAUGAGACAAUGGAGGACAAUGACAAUUCUAACAUGGAAGGUGAUGACUCCAAGGCACUAGUGGUGUAUGAAGAAAAGCGUGAAACAUGCGUCACGGUUCCUCCAUCUGUUCCUUCUGGGUCACAACACACACAACCUGGGGACCAUGAUGUAGAUGCUCGAAGCAAAGUUAGGAAGUUGCUCCAAUUGUUCCAGGCGAUAUGUCGAAAGCUUAUGCAAGUUGAGGAACAAGGUAUUCGCAAUGUUGGAAGGGUUGACUUUGAAGCAAGCAAGGUUUUGAAGAAUGACCCUAUCUAUAAAAAGCUUGGGUCCAUUGUGGGAAAUAUUCCUGGUGUUGAAAUUGGCGAUGAAUUUCAUUUUAGAGUUGAGUUGUCAAUAGUUGGUCUCCAUCGCCCAAAUCAAGCAGGUAUUGACACUGCUAAGGUGAAUAGUGUUCCUGUUGCUAUAAGUAUUGUUGCCUCUGGAGGCUAUCCUGACGAGCUAUCAAUCGAUGAACUAAUAUACACUGGCUUCGGAGGAAAGGCUGGUGGCAAUAAAGAAGCAGACGAUCAAAAGCUUGAGCGGGGUAAUCUCGCUUUGAAGAAUUGCAUAGAAGCCAAGACCCCAGUUCGAGUGAUUCAUGGUUUCAAAGGUCAAAGUAAAGUUGGUCAAUCUAGAGGCAAGCAAACAUCGACUUUUGUUUAUGAUGGGUUGUAUGAGGUGGUGGAAUGUUGGAAAGAAGGCCCAAAAGGCGAGAUGGUCUUCAAGUACAAGUUACGGAGGAUCGCAGGACAAGCAGAAUUAGCCCUACACGCAGUCAAGGUGACGAGGAAGUCCAAAGUUCUUGAAGGUCUCUAUUUGUCUGAUAUAUCUCAGGGAUUUGAGAGGAUACCCAUAUGUUUCAUCAACACAAUUGAUGACAUGAGGCCAGCACCAUUUAGAUACAUCACCCAGGUCAUAUAUCCACCUUGGUAUGAAGAAGAACCUCCAGCAGGCUGUGACUGCACAAACGGCUGCUCGGACUCUAUUAGAUGUGGAUGUGUAGUGAAGAAUGGAGGGGAAAUACCGUUCAAUUUCAAUGGUGCGAUCGUCGAGGCCAGGCCCCUCAUAUAUGAGUGUGGUCCAUCAUGCAGAUGCCCGCCAACAUUCCACAAUAGGGUGAGUCAGCAUGGUAUCAAAAUUCCACUAGAAAUAUUCAAGACAGGUCAGACAGGUUGGGGUGUAAGAUCCCUCAGUUCUAUAUCUUCAGGCAAUUUCAUAUGCGAGUAUACUGGUAAGCUCUUGGAAGAUGAAGAAGCUGAAAAGAGACAGAAUGACGUGUAUCUAUUUGAUAUUGGUGAUAACUACCAUGAUGAAGAACUUUGGAAGGGGCUAAAGUCAGUGGUUGGUGUGCAAUCUUCUACCUCGUCCUCCAAGACAAUGGAAGGCUUCACAAUAGAUGCAGCUGAGUGUGGCAAUGUGGGAAGAUUCAUCAACCAUAGUUGUUCACUAAACCUCUAUGCCCAAAAUGUUCUCUGGAACCAUGAUGACAUGAGGAUGCCACAUGUUAUGUUUUUUGCUCUUGAGAAUAUCCCGCCACUACAAGAGCUGACCUACCAUUAUAAUUAUAAGGUAGGCCAGGUCUAUGACAAGAAUGGCGAGGAGAAGUUUAAACAUUGCUACUGUGGCGCCUCUGAUUGCUGUGGCAGGCUCUACUAG